AUGGUCAGCUCCUGUUGUGGUUCUGUCUGCUCUGACCAGGGCUGCGGUUCUGGCUGCUGUGGCUCCAGCUGCUGCCAGCCUUGCUGCCGCCCCUCCUGCUGCCAGACCACCUGCUGCAGGACCACCUGCUGCCGCCCCAGCUGCUGUGUGUCCAGCUGCUGCCGCCCCUCCUGCUGUGGCUCCAGCUGCGGUGGCUCUGGCUGCUGUGGCUCCAGCUGCUGCCAGCCUUGCUGCCGCCCCUCCUGCUGCAUCUCUAGCUGCUGCCAGCCCUCCUGCUGUGGCUCCAGCGGCUGUGGCUCCAGCUGCUGCCAGCCCAGCUGCUGUGGCUCCAGCUGCUGCCAGCCUUGCUGCCGCCCCUCCUGCUGCCAGACCACCUGCUGCAGGACCACCUGCUGCCGCCCCAGCUGCUGUGUGUCCAGCUACUGCCAGCCUUGCUGCCGCCCCUCCUGCUGCAUCUCUAGCUGCUGCCGCCCCUCCUGCUGUGGCUCCAGCUGCUGCCAGCCUUGCUGCCGCCCCUCCUGCUGCAUUUCUAGCUGCUGCCGCCCCUCCUGCUGUGUGUCUAGCUGCUGCCGCCCCUCCAGUUGUGGCUCCAGCUGCAGUGGCUCUGGCUGCUGUGGUUCCAGCAGCUGCCAGCCAUGCUGCCGCCCCUCCUGCUGCAUAUCUAGCUGCUACCGCCCUUCCUGCAGCCAGACCACCUGCUGCCAGACCACCUGCAGCCACCCUUCCUGCUGUGUGUCCAGCUGCUGCCGCCCCUCCUGCUGUGGCUCCAGCUGCAGUGGCUCUGGCUGCUGUGGCUCCAGCUGCUGUGGCUCCAGCUGCUGCCAGCCUUGCUGCCGCCCCUCCUGCUGCCAGACCACCUGCUGCAGGACCACCUGCUGCCGCCCCAGCUGCUGUGUGUCCAGCUGCUGCCGCCCCUCCUGCUGUGGCUCCAGCUGCGGUAGCUCUGGCUGCUGCGGCUCCAGCUGCUGCCAGCCUUGCUGCCGCCCCUCCUGCUGUGGCUCCAGCUGUGGUGGCUCUGGCUGCUGUGGCUCCAGCUGCUGCCGCCCCUCCUGCUGCCCCUCCUGCUGCAGAGAGAUUCAGCAGCAAGAGGAGGCACAGCACAUGGGGCGGGGGCACGUGGAGAUGACACAGGUGGGGCGGUAG